CUAUACCAAAGAACAAAAUAUUUCUGAGUCAAAGAUAAGAAAAUAACAAUUUAGGCACAUAUUUGAGUCUAAACAUGAGCAUGAAUAAAUUAUAAAAUCAAUUAUUCAAUUGUACCAUCGAAGUAUGUGCCUCGUCCUGAAAUAUCUGCGGUUCCAACUACGUUUGUGUUCCGAAAGUUAUUUGUUUAUAGUUACAGAUGGGAUAUGAAUUCCAAAAACGUAUCCGUUCAAGUGUUUGACAGUGAUAUAGAACUGCUUCUUUCCAAUGGUUAUGAUAUUAAACAAAUGGAAACCAAAUGGUCUAGGUUAAAACAAGUUUGUCUUUUAUGUCUUGCCCUUUGUUUAUUUGGUAUAUUUGGGUUUGGUUAUUUUUGUAAGGAAAAGGUAUGUGCCCUAUCUUCCAGAGAUAUCUCCAUUUUUAAGAAUGACAGGAUAGGAAAGCCAUUAACGGUAUCAGAUGGAAAAAAAGGACUAAGCUAUGAUGAUAUGUUAAAUGAAGAUUUCAUAUUUGAUUUGGAAUCACAUGAUGUUAUGGUUUUUCUCCAUAUACAGAAAACCGGUGGCACUUCAUUUGGAAAACAUUUAGUACAUGAUUUGGAUCUCAAACAGCCUUGCAGUUGUCCUAUUGCUCGCAAGCGUUGCUAUUGCUUUAGACCUCACUCUAAUCAAAGCUGGCUAUUUAGCCGUUAUACUACAGGGUGGAAGUGUGGUUUACAUGCUGACUGGACUGAACUUACUGGUUGCGUGGAUGAGAAAUUAGAUGAAUUAGAAGGAGUAGUUAAAAGAAGGUAUUUUUAUAUUACCUUGCUGAGAGACCCUAUUGCUAGAUAUUUGUCUGAGUUUCGACAUGUGCAAAGGGGGGCCACUUGGAAGGGUUCUCGACAUUUUUGCAAAGGAAGAGCUGCCACUUUUGAUGAAAUUCCCCCGUGCUAUGAAGGAGAAGAUUGGGAAGGAGUUGAAAUAGAGGAUUUUAUAAAUUGUAAAAGCAACUUAGCUAAGAAUCGUCAAACUAGAAUGUUGGCUGAUUUAGAACUGAUUGGUUGCUAUGAUAAGACCUAUAUGACCCAAGUUGAAAGAGACAGGAUAAUGUUGGCCAGUGCCAAAAAAAAUUUGCAAUCAAUGGCAUUUUUUGGGCUUACAGAAUAUCAGAAAAUUUCACAGUAUAUCUUUCAGGAAACGUUUAAUUUAAGGUUUACCAUACCAUUUGAACAAAAUAAUGCCACAUUAUCGAACUCUUUAAUGUUGAAUUUGACACCAGAACAGGCAUCAAAAGUUAAGAAACUUAACGAUUUAGAUAUAGAGCUGUAUAGUUUUGCAAAAAAUUUAUUGUUUGCCAGGUUUGAAAAAUUAAAAUCGAAAGAUAGUGACUUUGAGGAGAAAUUCAAACAUUUAGGGGGUAGUGACUUUGACUGGGAUAAACUAGAUACAACUGAAAAAGGAUUUUAAGCAAGUGGGUAGCUUUUCCAGUCUUUAAUUGUUUAAGUCAUUUUAUAUUGAUAAUUUGUUUGUUAAUUAUGGUAAUUUUAUAACUCUUCCUAUAUUUUUCCUAUAUUUUCACUUCCAAUCAAUUGUAAAUAUGCAUUUCCGAAAUUUAUUGAAUUUUCAUAUAAAUACAUAACUUGUCAAACAAAUUGUAAAUGUAAAAUAGUGCUGUAUUUGUUUCAUUUGUAACUGAGGUGAUAUAUCACAAUAAUAAUGUAGGUUUUAUGUUCAGAUCCUUGUUAGAUUUUAAGUUUUACAUUUAGAGAAUUAAGUCUGGCUACUCCGAUUAGCAUUUUUUUUGUUUUUAUCUCAGGUUUCUACAAAAUGUUUAUAUUAUUUAUCUCAAAUGUACCUAUUUCCAUAACUCAUAUAGAUAAUAGAUAUUUUUAAUCAUUUCCCUAAAAGAAAUGAACUUUUUAGCUGACUCUUUUAAGGAGAGUAAAAUUCAAAUUUUUAGGAAUGAAAGGCACUGUUGGUCACUGAUGAUUUUUAAAGUUUUCAUUUGAAACCUUUAUCUCAUUACUGUUAUUGUAUACAAGAUCAAGAGGCAUGAAGAUAUUGAAAAUGACAAGAGUUAUGAAAUCUGUUAAGGUACAGGAAAGCUGCUUAUUUUUCUGUUUAAAGUGCAUUAGAAAUUUUGAGAAUUCCAUAAAUAAAAAAAAAGUUUUUAUUUUUUUCUGACAAAUUGAAUGUUAAUUUUUAAUCAGUGAUUUUAAAAUCCAUCUUCUGCUAUUUUCAAUAUUGUCAGCUUUUUGAAAUCGGUGAUCAUGCCUAAGCUACAAGGUCAAUUAAAUUAGAGAAAAGUUGCCCUUGAAUUUCUGAAAAUAAAUAACUUUUCCGAGAUUCCCAUGCAUCUUUAUCGUAUACAUUGCAUCAAUGAGGUUUUUAUGUUUUAUUUGAUAAAUUAAAACGACCAAGCUUUUCCUAUAAUAUAGGAUAAACGAAUAGUCCUUAAGUUAAAACAUGUGCCAUUUCAAUAUGUUUGUUUUAUUCAAAAUAAUUUUGUCUUUCAUUUUUAUAUGAAAAAUUAUUUGACUUUAUCGGUAGUAACCAGAUAUAACUUAGAAUUGAACCAAAGAUAAAAUAUAUAGCCAUGUGUUCAAAUGUGUUUAGAGAAAAUUUAAGAUGUUCGCAUUCUGUUUGCAAAUGGCAAACGACCCAGUCGCCAUGGUGUGUAGUUAAAUCCAUCCUUUUUCCUUCCGCUGCAUAUGUAGGUCACAAAUUUGUCGGAUUUACAAAUGGAACCUUCUAUACAUGGGAAACGUAAGCUGCGAAUAUUUUUACAUAUUUUCGAAUUAUUUUUAUACGUUCAAUUUUUUUUUUCAUAAUCUGUGAUACCAGUUUUUCACAUUGAAUUCUGACGAGUUUGCUUUAUUAGAUGGGGUUGUAAAGUUUAUAAUUCACCAUUGUCUGUUAAAAUGUGUCAACGGCCUAUCAGACAUGUACGCUUUUGAAGUUCUAAACAUAUUCACAACCCGCCGAUUUUUUGUUAGCAGCUAAGCAUAUUGAAUGCAUAAUACAAUCAUUAAUAUUCGGAUCACCUAGUCGGCACUAUACAACAUUGUGUAUAUUUCUUUACUUCUAUUAAACGUAUAACUUCCGUUACUUGCGAUUUUUUUGUCCGUUAAGAACUUGUCAGACCUGCGCAAUUAUUUAGAAAAUUUUCAUUUUUUUAAGGGACAAGAAACCUGAAAAGUUGUCAGUUUAAAAAAAUGGCAGAAAUGGAGCAGCAGGUUACUUAAAGAACGAAUAUUUCAUUUAUGUUUUCUUUGACCAAAUAGAAAAAUAUACAGGCUUAUUUUCAAUGAGUGCCCUAUUAGACGUUUAUGGAUAAUGACUUACGGUCAACAACAAGCCGAUAUAAUUUUUUUUUUGGCAACCCGUACAGCUAAAGACUUGAAUUUUUGGUUACGGUUCCCUAUUACAUUUUUUUAUCAUAAUAUCGUACCUAUAACAAUUAACUAAUCGCGUGCAGGGCGUUCAUAAGAUCAGGCCUAAUUGGCAUGUUAGCUGGGAAUUUUAAAUGCCAUCUAAAAGAUCCAACCUAUG